AUGUCUUCGGAGUCGGGAACUUAUGCUGACCUCCCGAACAACACCGACAAGUCAUGGUGGAAGGACCCUGGACUGAGAAAAAACGUCUUUCACAUCGCCGGACUUUGCGUCUGUCCAUUUUACCUUGGAUAUGACUCGGCUCUCCUCACUGGCCUUCAGGCUCUACCGUACUGGAAAGAUUACUUUGGCCAUCCCACAGGCACAACGCUUGGUCUGAUCACUGCUUCUAUUUCCUUUCCAACCGUUAUCACUUCAUUCUUCGCUAGUUGGGUCGCCGAAAAGUAUGGACGCCGAUGGGCAGUGUGGAUUGGAACUGCUCUCAUUAUCGUUGGAGGAAUCGUCAACGGCCUUGCCAACAGUCUGGCCAUGCUCAUCAUUGCACGAGUCAUUAUCGGUGCUGGUGGUGGCAUGACCAAGGUCGUGGCAGUUGCUCUUCUCCACGAAAUAGCCCACCCACGACUGAGGCCACUUGCGGCAUCUAUAUUCUACUCGCUCUAUUACAGCGGCUCGAUUCUAGCUGCCUGGUUGACCUUCGGCACUUUGUACAUCAAGAGCGACUGGUCCUGGCGUUUUCCGGCGCUUGUCCAGGUUCUAGGGCCCGUCAUUGUUCUUUCCAUGACAAUCACAAUGCCUGAAAGCCCCCGUUGGCUUGUCAAGUCCGACCAGGCAGCUAAGGCUUUGGAUAUCUUGGCCAAUUACCAUGCAAAUGGAGACAGCCUAGAUCCGCUGGUGCAAUACGAAUAUCGAGAGAUUGUUGAUGCUAUCGAGCAGGAGAAUUUGAGCAAUCGAGUCUCCUACCUUGACUUCUUCCGCAACGAGCCUAAUCGACGCCGACUUGCUGUUUUGGUGGCCAUCUCUCUGGGUCAAAACUGGAUUGGCAACGGCAUUAUUUCAUAUUACCUCUCCCCAAUUCUAAAUACUGUUGGCAUCACUGAUCCCACGCAAAUCGUGGGUAUCAAUGGCGGCCUGCAGAUUUUCAACCUCGUGAUGGCACUUGGGGCAUCAAUGUGCAUUGAGAGAAUAGGAAGGAGACCUCUCUGGCUAGCCUCAACAUUUGGUAUCAUGUGCUCCAAUGCAUGCAUCAUGGGUCUCUCCGCUGGCUUUGCUAUCAACAAGACACAAGCUCUUGGCGUGGCCGUUAUUCCCUUUCUUUACAUCUUUUAUGGGUUCUAUGACAUUGCCUGGACACCUCUGCCAUAUUCUUACAGCUCUGAAAUUCUUCCCUUCAGCAUGAGAACCAAAGGUAUGGCCAUUUUCGUUGCGACCCAGAACAUCGGCGCGGCCUUUAACCAAUUCGUGAACCCAAUUGCCCUUCAAGCCAUUGCAUGGAAGUACUACGGUGUCUACUUGAUUGUCGAGGCGGCUUAUCUAGUCUUUAUGUGGUUCUAUUUCCCAGAGACAAAGCAAAAGACGAUUGAGGAGGUGUCUGUUAUUUUCGACAAGUAUGGAAAAGGUGGCAAAGCCAAGGACCUCCAGGUCAAUGCCAUGGACCAGGCACGGGCUGCGGGAAAGGACACUGCAGAGCAUGUUGAGUUCUCUACCGGUGAGGGAAAGAAGUCGACAGAGCAGAAGUAG